AUGAUGAAGACACGAGCUUGUUCGAAUCCGAUGAAUGAAGGAGUAAACUUGGAACAGAUCCCAUACGAUCUCGUAUUGGAGAUACUCUUGAAAUUGUCGGCAAAGUCUAUAGCGAGAUUUCGUUGCGUAUCAAAGCUAUGGGAUUCCACAUUCCGCAGUCGAUAUUUCACUGAACUGCUCUUUAUCAUAUCGUCUUCCAUGCAAAUUUAG